AUGGCAGGAAAGAAACCGUGGGGAGAGUUACUACCACUUGAGGAUAUUGACGCAGAUGUUUUCAAUGGAAGAGAGAAAUUCAAAAAAGAGUUAAUCAUCAAUCUUACGAAUUCAUCAAAAGAAAAACCAUUCACUUUGAACCCACUUUGGAAUGUCCGUUUUACUAUCCGUUUGCUGGAAAAUGUUCCAACGCCAACGUUUGAAGACUGGGAUCACGAAUCUAGCGAUAAUUCAAUGAUACUGAUGUCAGCCGAAGAUUCACACCUUGCCGACUUAAAGUCUUUGCUGCAGAAGGAGGUCGCUACAUUUUGCAGGCAUCCCCUACCAAAGCGAUACUAUUUAUCAAUGAAACCUUAUCCAGAUAGACAGACAGCGGCUAUUCUUCGAAAUUUUUCCAUAGGAAUUGAUAGUCGGACAAAUUUUCGACAGUUCGAAAACAUGGAGGCUCGUCUGUUUCAAAGAACAUUAAACGAACCCUGCUCUUAUAGCGUACCAACGCCUCUCAAAUCGGAAUCAAAUUCAUUCUACUGUACGACAAACUCUCCUCUGGUGACUGAGGUAUUUAAGGAACACCUAAUGGAUUCUUACGUGGAUCAGAGUGAUGAACGGUGUGACAAAGCUCGACCUUGGUUCUACGUAGACAGUAUAUCAAUAAACCUUGUCACUGUUGUCGUUCCUCGAAGUGUGAUGCAUUGCGCUCCUCCCAGCGGUCCCACAGACUGA